UGUUCCUGAAAGUUUUUACGUUGAUCUUGGGAAUUGCCUACAUCACAGUUGGUAGUAUCUAUUUGGAUUCUUGUACCAAGCAACACUUGAUCCCAAUUUAUCUGAUUGUUUCCGGGAUCAGUGCGCUAUUCUUCCUGAUGGUAUUGCUGAUUCCACGAACUUCAGACGAGAACCACAUUCUCAAUAAAUUUCACCAAUUUUUCACCCACUUGGAAUCGUUGUUUUCGUUCAUCUGGUUUAUAACAGGAAGCGUUUGGAUCUACAGCAUCUACCAGCCGGAUUAUAUUAACAAAACGUCCCCUAAUUACUGCAAUAAAACGUUAUAUCUUUUUGCUUUCUGGGUCACCACUAUCAUAUAUAUCUUUCUCGGGCUUAUGAUGGUUUUUGGAAUUUGUGCAUGUGUUUUAGGUGGAACUGUGAUUCUGACCAAGCAUUUUUCAAACGCUUGACUAAAGAAAACCUUUGUCCCAUUUUAAUUUGAGAAAUUUGCACCAAUUUCCCAGCCAUAAACUCUUGGCUUCCGCAGAUGAAUGAUAGCUUUUAGCACUGCGUGUUUUGGACAGCUUUUGAAACAGGUUUCUCACAUCUUUCAGUUCUGCACAACCUUCAUCUGAUGUUUCAGGAAGUAAACUGCACUUUAUCUGUUCGUCAUUGUGAAACCAAUUGAUUAUGUUUUAAAAACGUU